AAUACUCUUGGGCAGUAAGUUUUGCUACACGCACGCGGAUGUCAGCAGAGUUUUUCAAUCUGUCACUUUAGUAGGUGGAGUGGGUUUGACGGACUAAGGAAAACUUGGUCUAAGGAAAACACUGCAGCUGUGACUUUUUGACAAUUUUUGCAAAGUGACUUCCGAUGAACCCGUUACCGAAUAGCUUAUUGUGAUCACCUUUUAACAGUUAUAGUUAUACCAGUUAGCCAUUCUUCGCUUUGUAUAAUAGUCGUGCAACUACACUCAUGCACCAGUGUUAGAGGUUACCAUGCUAACCGCCGAUUGCUGCUGCUACUUGACGUCGCUACACUAUGUUUUGCCAGUCUGACUUGAAACCUCCGGUGAAAAGAGUUGUAGUUUAAUAGUACAAGCCUUUCUUUUAGCUACCAAGUAAGUGGCAUUUGGCCAGUUUCCCGUCGUUAAGCACGAACCGAGAACUGUCACAGACAUGGGACUACACCCGCUGGAGUUUAGUGAUUGCUAUCUGGACAGCCCCAACUUCAGGGAGAGGAUAAAAGCGCACGAGGCAGAGCUGGAUAAAACCAACAGGUUUAUUAAAGAACUGUACAAAGAUGGGAAGAACCUCAUUAAUGCGACAAAGCAGCUUGGGAUGGCACAGAGAAAGUUCGCUCAGUGUCUGGGAGAGUUUCAGUUUGAGUACAUUGGAGAUGCAAAGACAGAUGAUGAGAAAUGCAUCGAUGAAUCUUUGCAGGAAUUCUCCGUUUUCCUUAAAAACCUAGAAGACCAAAGAGAACUGAUGAUGAGAAACAUCACAGAAACUUUAAUGAAACCUCUGGAGAAGUUCAGGAAAGAGCAGCUCGGUACAGUGAGGGUAACGUAUGAUAGUUUAUUGCCUUUUGUCUGUUUGUAUAGCAUAGUUUACAUUUCAAUGCUUGUAGCAUAUGAAUAUUCAUACACUUGUAGUUUAAAUUUAUUAUGCUUUAUUUCUAAAAUUAAUGGUUUUUUUCUUUCUCCAACUAUUAUACAACUUUUUUUUUCUUUUUACUCUUUUAAGGCGGAAAGAAAAAGGUAUGAAAAAGAGACAGAGAAGUACUACAGCUCUCUGGAAAAGCUUCUGAAUAUGUCGGCGAAGAAGAAAGAGCCACAGCUACAGGAGGCAGACAUUCAGGUUGAAGCCAUGAGACAGCACUUUCAGGAGGUGUCGCUUCAAUAUGUGUGCCAGCUACAGGAUAUUCAAGAGAGAAAGAAGUUUGAGUGUGUGGAACCGAUGCUGGCCUUUUUUCAGACCGUCUUCACGUUUUAUCACCAGGGCUUCGAGCUUGCCAAGGACUUUGAUCAUUAUAAAAGAGCACUACAGAUUAAUAUUCAGAAUACAAGAAAUCGAUUUGAGGGCACACGAUCAGAAGUGCACGAGCUGAUGAAGAGAAUCAGAGAGACACCACAAGAAUACAGACAAACCAGCCCUAUUAGUUGUGAAGGUUACCUCUAUAUACAGGAAAAACGACCACCCCCCUUUGGUUCAAGUUGGGUCAAGCGCUACUGCACGUUUGUGAAAGAACAGAAGAUUCUGCACAUGGUGACUUUUGACCACAGAUCAGGUGGAAAGAUUGGUGAGACGGAGUCCGUCACGCUCAAAUCCUGUCUCCGCAAAACAACAGACAUGUUGGAUCGCAGAUUCUGUUUAGACCUGGACAUAACAGAUCGACCAGGAACGGUGCUUACAGUACAGGCCUUGUCAGAGGAUGACCACAAGUUCUGGAUGCAUGCUAUGGGCGGGAAGGAACCUAUUGGUAGCUAUCUUGGGAGGACACUUUCUAAAGAGAGAGGAAUUGAUGCCCAGUUGGAUGAUGUGGGUUUAAGUUUUGUGAAGAAUUCCAUCAAUGCAAUAGAGACAAGAGGUAUUAAUGACCAAGGCCUGUACAGAGUUGGAGGGGUAACCUCAAAGGUCCAGAAGUUCCUCUCAUUAAUGAUUGAUGAGAAGAACAAUGAAUUGGAUCUGUCAGCCAGUGAAGACUGGGACGUCAAGACAGUAACAAGUGCACUAAAGCUCUAUCUGAGGAGCCUCCCUGAGCCAUUGAUGACCUAUGGACUUUACAAAGAGUUCAUCAGCCCUGCAAAGGGCGGUAGUCCUGAGUCUCGCAUCCAAGCCGUCCACUGCCUGGUCCACAAACUACCAGAGAGGAAUCGACAAGUCCUCGGGCUGCUUAUGAAGCAUCUGGCCAAUGUGGCAGCACACAGCAAACAGAAUCUGAUGACCGUUGCGAACUUGGGUGUGGUGUUUGGCCCCACAUUAAUGAGGCCACAGGAGGAGACUGUUGCUGCCAUCAUGGAUCUUAAGUUUCAGAACAUUGUGGUGGAAAUCCUCAUUGAACACCAACAAAAGAUCUUUACAGAUGCUCCUGAGUUCUGCCCUUCUCCACCUGCUGUCCCAGUGUUCUCUGCUCCCACAAGGCAGUCCAAGAAACUGAAUCGACAGAACCGGCCCUUAGCAGUCUACAAUCCACAAGUCCUUGACAUUCAGAAUGCUGUGGGAGAUAGUGAGGCAUCAAUGGGCAGUAAUGAAUCUGUAUCAUCCCAGUCAUCAUCAGCCUCGGCCUCAGAGAUGUCAACAGAGAAGACCGACAGUACGACUCUUAGCAGCAACUCCCAAUCACUUACAGUAGCUUCAGGUGAGAGUCAAGCUGCUGCCACUACAACUGCUGCUGCCAAAAAAAAGCCAGAGGAGAGUGUCACCAACAGGAAAGCCAAGGCAGUGUACCCAUGUGAGGCAGAGCACGACUCUGAGCUCUCCUUCCAGGUCGGCGCAAUAUUCAACUCUGUGACCCAGUCGAGAGAGCCAGGCUGGUUGGAGGGGGAGCUGGAAGGAAAGAGAGGCCUCAUCCCUGAAAACUACGUGGAGAUGCUGUAAAACCAAAUAGAAAUAUUAAUGGACACUUUCCAUAUGUUCACCAGUGGUAACAUACAGAGAAGUAUGUGCCUCAGCAUGACUCAUCCAGUGUCCGUUGCCAUUUAUUAAUACUGGUUAACCAUUCUAAACACAUAAUUCUAUGUAUUUUGCCUGGCUGUAGAUUUUUGUGCUGCAUAGGAAUGCAUUUUUCUUUUUGGAUUUAGCAUGAAAAUGUUUUCACAAGAAUAUCAUCAUUGUCAUUUUAGAAUUGGGAUUGCACAUAAAAUGUUCUGCUGUAUAUUAAUUGCUGUAGCCUCUUAAAAUCCAAGUAGUAGCAUCACCAGAGAAUAAGUAUCUGUUCUCACUGUCCUCUUCCCAGUUAU